AUGGAACUAGAUCUUCCAUCAGUAUCACAUAAUGGAAUGCAAAAUGAUCCAAAAGAUCACAAUAAGGCCAUCAUCAAGAAAGCCUUGCUACAAGGUGAAAUAACAAAAGAUGUUGAUUCACAUAAUCUUAUUGCAAAAGAUACUAAAAUUAAAGGGAAAAGUUUUCACUCUCACAGAGCUAAAAAAUCAAGUAAUUUAGCAAAAAGUGUCCUCAAUGUAAUAGCCAAAUCUAGCACUUAUAGUAUCAGUCUAAAGGGCACCAAUGUAAACGUAGAAAAGAUAUUACAAUCUAAUAAUAAUAACAAAAAGAGUUCACGAAAGAAUAAAUCAAAUGCCAAAGAACCACCUGCAAAUGACAAAAAGAAUGCCAAAAAAGAUAAAAACAAUAAAAAGAAAUCGAAAAAGAAAAAUAAUGAUAACGCAAAGAAGGAUACCAAAGAAAACGUAUCUAUAAAACCACCUGAAAUCUCCUGCCGUGGUUUAAGAAAAUUUCGCAAUUUAUUUACUGGGUUUCACAAAGCUUCGAAAGCUAAUAAAAGUUUGAAUUGUCUGGGGAACGGUGAUGCCCAAAAUGCUGCUCCUUCAGCGGAUAUAAAAAACUACAAACGUAGAAAGAAGAAAAAACUGAAACACACCAAAUCUGAGGACGUUUAUCUUAAAAGCGACGGAAAUGACAGUGAAGAUACAAGAAAGUACAGAAUUUCUGCGUAUUUGGCUGAGCAAGAUUGGAUCAAACGUCAGUGCAAACAGGAUGGUGAUAAAAUUAAUACGAAACCAGAAAUCAGUGAGGCGGUUGCAGUAAUUAACAGUACUUCAAAGAAUAAAUCGGAUAAAAAGUUAUUCCAUAAAGAGAUAAAUCUAAAUAUUGAGCCAGUUGUCAAUAAACAACUACGAGGAACCUUCCAAAGUGAUGAUAUAAUUGAAACAUCUCGAAAUAGUAAGCACCUCAAGAAUGGAAUGACGUUCAGUGAUUUGUGGAAAACGAUUGGAUUCAGAUUACUGAGUGAUUCCUCAUCAUCCUCAUUUAUGGAAAAAAUAUUUAGAACAACCAAUGAAAUUUUCACAAAGGACAGCGAAAAAAACAGUUCAACAGAUAUAACACGACGACUAAAAUUCUAUGAAUCCAUUGGCAACGACGAUUUUCAAAAGCUUGAAGAGUAA